CGAACCGAGGGAAGAGAUCCCUUCCUGCGGGCAAAAUAUUGGAGACAAGAAGACAACCAAAUGGGCAACGUGCAACCUAUCAAGAAGUACGGUGAUUCGCAUGUUGUAGAGAGCCUAGUAGAUGCGGGACAACACAGAUAGAAGAAGGAAGGUUCACCCGACACCAGGCAAGGAAAGGAUGUGUUGACUGUACAAAGGUAAGCAGUAGGCGAGGACAAGCUUGAUAAAGAGAUGGGAGCUCUCUGAUAAGGUGCUCAAAGGGCAACAUGUGUCAUACCUAAGGCCCAUGCUCUAUCAGAGACGUCAUAUCUGGAGUAAGCCUGGGGGAAGACAGACUACAGACGUGCAGGCCAUCUCGUCUAAUCUCAGAGGUAUGGCCUAGCGCCAUGUGGGGGACCUGUACUAGGGGAAGAAUUGUGGGAUUGGACCCAAGGCAAGCUGUAGGAAUGUGUACGCCUUGUCCCAUUAGUCAUUCGGUCUCUAUGAUUCUUCAAGUUUAGAGGACAAAUGAACAGUUGGAAUCGAAGGUCUCUCAUUCAAGCAUAUCAGGAGUCAGAAGAACGUCAGGACUAUGACUGACACUCCUGCUGUAUAAAAGGCAUUGGGCAAGAUUUGACUCCUCACUUUUGAGAUCGUAAAGUGUUUCACUCUCUUCUAUUCGAAACCUUCAAGGAAGCAAGGAGCUCAGGAGCAUCACCACUAAGGAAUCGGCACCAACACGGCUACUAGUAAUAUUGUUCAAGUAGGCCGCCUUUGGAUUCAUGCUGCAAGUAAGGUGCCAGAUGAGGCCACGAUCAAAGCAAUGGAGGACUUCUACAGGGAAAUUUAUGCAGUGAAUGGAAUUACUGAUCUCAAGUUUCCAGAAUAUUAUCCUGUUUCAAGACUACUAGGGUGUGUUGAAGUGGUUGGCUGUGUUAGAGGUGAAGAACUAGCACACUGGAACAUUGUACCUGAAGGGGUGAGGCUGGAAGGACUGACUGACUUUUGUUGGCUCUGUGAACAGCCACAGAAACUGUUAAUUCCUUUUGAGAUGCGAGGGUACCAACGCGUUUAUAAUCUGGAAAAAAAGACAUACGAGGCUGCUAUUAGAGGUCUUGUUUCAGUUGAUGGCCCACUGCCUGUGAAAUUUCCGCUUCCAAAUCUACGAGAUCCAUUUUCCUUGAAGCCAGGUUCUGUCUCUACACAGUUCCCUGGAUCUCAAGCAUCUGAUGUGAAAGAAUCAUCAAGCCUUGGUGCCGCAAUAGCUGGUGCACGAGCAGCAGCCACUCAGUUCACUAAAAAGGAUGAAAAUCUCCCUAUUGUGACCCAGAAUAGUAAACCUAAUGCAGCAAAGGCUGGUCCAAUAAAGAGCAAAUCUUUGAGAGUGGAUUCAAUGACAUACACUAAUAUUCGUGAUAACAAAAGAUCUUUGCCGUCAAAUAACGAAGAGAAAAGUACUGACAAUAAGUAUGAGGGAAGUAGUAGCUGUAAUCAACCUCCUGCUAGUUUGGAACGGCAUCCUGGGGCACCUUCUAAGAUUUUCGCUGCAGCCUUGAGGGGACUCAAGCCAUCAUGAAUUUCUGGAAUUAUGGGGGAAGGAAUAUAUCUGUCCCUGCUGUUACAAAUUGCUUGUGGAGUCUGGCUCUUUAUAACUGGUCAUAGCUUGAAGAGUUGGGCGUUCUUUUCCUUGUGUUUUCUCAUAAAUAUUCUACGUAUAGAUAAAUACAUUUAUGUAUAUAGGGGUAUUUGUAGUACUCGGUUUAUUGUUCAUUUUCCUUUGUUUAUAUCCCUGGCUAUCAGAAUUUGAUGUUUUUUUUUUUUUUUUUUUUUUAAAGCUAUUAGAGUUUGAUAUGCUGUAACUUUUGAUGGUUAAACUCUCAGUUUUCUCUCUCUUUCGCUAAUGAUCGGCGCAUGGAGGGCUUUCAUUGGCA